AUGACCGAAUUCAAGACCAACGACUCCAAGGCCCCGUCCUAUGCCUCCGUCGAUUCUGUCGAGUUGGGCAAUGCCGACAAACAAGAGCAAAAACAUGCCAGCCCAAAGGUGGACUGCUUAACCCACGGGCCUAGCCAAGUCCCGCUUCUCGAUUCCGAAUUGCAGAACCCGCAGGCAAAAGAGAUCAUAUGCACACUGGUGACAGCAUUAAAUGAUAUUACUGAUGAGAAUAAGUGCACCAAGUGCACAGUGGAGAAUAUCUCUACUCUGCUCACAGGCCACGUGCGUGACCUCAGAGGUGCCAAGCGGAGUGGAAUGUGGUCUAAAGAAGAGAAGAAGGCUCUCAAAGCGGAGAUUAAAGCUCUUCUCAAGCCAGUCAAGAAGGAUGUAAAGAACCUAUGGAAAGCGAAUUAA